UGGCUUUUAAUUUAAUCAGAGGUCAAAACAGAAGCUAACAAAAUCCCCGGACCUGUUUGAAUCAAGGGGGUUUUCAGCUUUCUGUGAGAACACACAGUUUCCCUUUAGGUGCUCGACAACACACACACACACACACACGCACACACACACACUCACAAGGUCAUGCUGUGAGGCGGCCCAUUAACUGGCGAGUCACUCCGCUGUGAGGAAGUGUGGAGGAAAGCGAGCGUCGAGGAGUCUCCUCAUCCUCCCACUCGUCUCGCCUUAUUGGCUGCCUGCCGUGAUGUCACAGCACACUGCCUAUAAAAACAGGCCUCCCGAGCGGCAGAGCAGAGAGCUCAUUCCCUUACAAAGACGGCGGCUCCUCCACAAACCCUGCAGUCUUUCCGCCUCUGUCUUUGGAGUUAUUUGUCAGAAGUCAUGUGUCGAGGACUCGAGUCGCUGCCCAUCACCUGCCUUGAAAGGGCAAAGGAGCUGAGAGCUUUGUUUGGUAGUUUACUGCAGAAGUCAGACCACAGCAGCUGUGGACAGUCCAGGAAAACUGACAAACUCAGGUUAAAUGAAGUCAGUGAGCCUCUCAAAUGGAGGGAAUCGUUUGAAAAACUCCUGUCCAGUCAAAAUGGACUCUGUCUAUUCAGAGCGUUCCUGGUAUCGGAGUUCAGCGAGGAAAACAUCUCCUUUUAUUUAGCGUGUGAGGACUACCGAGCAUCCAAACCUUCCAAACUGGCCGCCAAGGCAAAGAAAAUUUACGAAGAGUUCAUCUGCUCCGACGCGCCGCGAGAGGUAAAUCUCGACCAUGCAACCAAAGCAAUCACCGUGGAGAACAUGCAGCGACCCUCUCCGUCCUGUUUCAACCUGGCCCAGGCUAAAAUCUACACCCUGAUGGAGAAAGACUGCUACCCUCGCUUCCUCAAGUCCUCCACGUACCUGGACAUGACCAGAAAGACAGGUUAAUGGACCAAAGUGAAGAAGAAGAAGUCGAAAAGCUCUGCCGGGACAAACGCCACACGCUGAGAACUUUCAUGAAGAGCUGUGGAGUUAUUUUGAGAAACAAGAUGUGGGGGCUCCAGGCUGGAGGCCCGAGUCCACGUGAGGCUGUGAGAGGACACUGACAGACUGAGCCGCGGGCGCCGGCGGCCUCUGACCGACACACGUGCAUUUUACACACAGACUGAUCGAUGCCAGGCUCACGGGCAGGAAUCAGCAGGAAAUGAACGACGCUGUCACACAACCAAACUACCACAGAUGCUUCUGUGUAGCAGGAAAUGUUUAUUUAAGCCUUAUUUAUUUAAAGUAUUUUUUUAAUUAAAUGUUUGCUGUGCAAA